AUGGCGUUUCCGAUAGCGACGCAAUUACAAUCGAUUACUGGUUUAGCACAAGGAGCAGAUUUCGACCGAUUCCAGCUCGCAGGUGGAGCGGAUCUCGAGACCCGUGGUAUCUCGCUAAUCGGCCUUGAGAGAGCCGCGGCCGCGCCUCUCACUUCGCUGAGCGCUGACCUUUCUUCCCAUCGCCCGUUAAUUUACGACCGCCCGCGCCGGCCGAGUUAUAAAUCUUCGCCAUGCGCAUCCGCGUUGUACCAACUAGAGAAC